GGCGCGCAGCGAGGGCGAGUCGGCUAUGGUGCUGCCCCGGCUGCUGCUCGGGACCCGGCUCAGGGCGGUCUUCAGGUCUGUGGCGGCUGCACCCUGCGGUUUAAAGUCACUAAAGGGGAGCUGCCACAAUUUUUGUAUUGCUGUUUCUAAAGAUGUCACUUAUAAGGAACUUAAAAACCUGUUGAAUUCAAAAAGCAUUAUGUUAAUUGAUGUUAGAGAGACAUGGGAAAUUCUGGAGCAUGGAAAAAUCCCUGGGUCUGUCAAUAUACCAUUGGAUGAGGUAGGUGAAGCUCUACAGAUGAACCCAAGAGACUUCAAAGAGAAGUAUGAUGAAGUAAAGCCAUCCAAAUCGGACAGUCUAGUGUUUUCUUGCUUGGCUGGGGUGAGAAGCAAGGCGGCUCUGGACACAGCAAUAUCUCUGGGCUUUAAUAGAUCUCAACACUAUGCUGGAGGAUGGAAGGAAUGGGUAACCUAUGAAGUUCCAGAGAAGAAAUAAGGAAAUUGAAUUUUGGAAUACAAAUUGGAUCUUCCCUUGUGUACAUGGAGCCUAAGAUAGUGGAAUGAGCAAAAGAAUAAAACUCUAGUCCUGGUA